GGUGCGCCACUGGCGAGUGGCGAGGUGGCAGGUGGCAUAGGAUUACCGAAACGAAACCUAUCCUAUCGUAUUCGCAGGCCCUCUUAUCUCUACAUAUGUACAUGUCAAAUACAGUUCACAGCAUCAAUAAGUGAUAGCUCUUAUGAGAGAAAGAUAAUUGGAUAGCCUAUUUUAUUUGUGGUUUAAAAGCUUUGUAUUGGUUGCUGUGGGGCUGAGAUGGGGAAGGAAUAACCAACUUAGUGAAAGACUACACAAUGAACAUGCAACAUGGACAGGACUGGACCAAGCAGUGUGUUAAGCCAGUACUGUAUGACUGUCGGGUUCUUUUGUGUCAUACUCUACAUGUAUGGAUUUUUUCCGAUUAAGGCAUCUACCAAUAUAUUUUCCUCAAGAACAGACCUACCAACAAAUCUGCAUGAUUUAAAAUUCCAUACUGAAAACUUGUACAACGGCAGUGUGAGUAAGACUGUACUGAUGGUGAUUGAUGGAAUCAGGCUGGAUUUUGUGACAAAGGACAACAUGCCAUACACAACGGGGAAGUUGGAGGGGAAAGAGGGUUGCCACCUGACUGCUAGGGUGUCUGCCCCAACAGUCACCCUGCCCAGGAUCAAGGCCAUAGUGACUGGCACAGUGUCAAGCUACAUUGACGUAAUGCUCAACUUUGGCACCAAAGAAUUAACUGGAGACAACGUUAUUCGGCAAGCUGCACAGACCAAGAGGUUGUUAUUCUAUGGUGAUGAUACGUGGAUCAAACUUUUACCUCAUCAUUUCAUCCGCAGUGAGGGAACAUCAUCAUUCUUUGUCAAUGAUUAUACAGAAGUAGACAGUAAUGUGACACGACAUCUGGACUUCGAGUUGCACAGGACUGAUUGGGACGUGAUGGUGCUGCACUAUCUGGGUCUAGACCACAUCGGCCAUAUCGAGGGUCCCAACAGCCCUCUGAUCAGGCCCAAGCUGCGAGAAAUGGAUGGUAUCAUUGCUCGUCUCCAUGAAUAUUUACAAGAACAGGGUGGAGGAGUGUUGGUGGUGUGUGGUGACCAUGGCAUGAAAGACCAGGGAAGUCACGGUGGAGUUUCCACUCCAGAGGUUUUGGUGCCUCUUGUGGUGCUUGGUCUUGGUUGUCCCACUCACAAUAAAGAGGAGGUGCUCCAAGUGGACUUGGCUCCAACCCUGAGUGUGUUGUGGGGAGUUGCCGUACCUGCGGAUAAUAUUGGUGUGGCAAUAUUUAGUCUGUUGGCACACUUGUCGCCGGCUCAGCGUCUCUUCGCUCUACUCCACAAUGGGCAACAACUGGCGGCUAACUUUCUUCGCAACAAGGGGUCCACGGUACACGAGAAUUACUGCAAGUUUGAGGAGGCCAGACAGAAACACUACGAAUGGCUCAUCAACUCUAGUUCCGUGUCUCACCUUGAGGUGGAAGCACUGUACCAGUCCAGUCUCCUAGGCAUGUCUCGUUUCUUGUCUGAUGUCUUGGCGAACUAUGACACCUGGGCACUAUUCACUGCCAAGGCUAUUCUGUUACAGGUAGUAUGCAUGCUAGGCCUGAAACUAGCUGGAGUUUCCCCACCACACCCCAGCAUGUCCUCGGUUCUCUCUGUCUCAGCUAUAGUCGGGGUUGCUAUGGUUAUACUCUGUUCAUUACCACCAUGGCCUCUCCCUAUCUUGCUAUGCUGUAUCUCGCUCCUCAGCGUCAAUUCUGUGCUGCUCUACCAUCAGUUCAGAACCUUGCCAUCUUUGUUCAAGGCAGAGGUGAGAGUUAGAGAGUGGUGGCGCUUGUUGCUGCCGGUUGGCACUGCAGUCCACUGCUUGGCGCAAAUGUCCUCAAGCCUGUUAGAGGAGGAGCAUCAACUUUGGUACUGGCUGUGGGUAACAGUAGGACUACUGAGGCUGCGCCAGAACUGUGCCCGCUGGCUGUGUGUACUCGUGAUCCACCGGGUGCUCCGGGCACUCAACCAGACAGGAGACCGCUGGGCUCACCUCCCUGACCUCAGUGACUGGCUCACUCUCACGUCUAAUGCUUCCAUCCUCUCUGCCUUUUGUGCACUCAGUUUGUUAUGGCUGUGCUGGUACUGCACACAAGUAUUGUCUCGCUCUUGGAUACCAACCAUUCUCUGUGCCAUAACAGUUUCCUGUAUAUAUCAACACAAAGCAGCCAUCCACCAAGCAAUCCCAUUUAUAUCUCCUUCUUCCAAUGGCGUGAGUGAGGCUCGCAUGUGUUGGCUGCUGCUGCUCUUACUGCUGCUACAGGGCAGAUCUCUGAACACUCUGCUAGUCUGCUGGAUGUUAAGCAGCAGUCUGCUACUUCGCUCCCACAACACAGUGCUCAUCCCUGCUUUAUACUUCUUCAGUCAGUCUGUAGCCCUCUAUCCCUCUCCAGCCCACACUGUCCUCCACCACUGGCUUGGGGCUGUCUUCUUUUUCUAUCAGGGUAACCUCAACACCAGCCUGGCCAGUGUGGACCUAGCAGCUGGUUACAUUGGUUUGGAGCAGUACAAUAUAGUCAUUGUUGGAGCACUGUUGUUGGCUCACACUUACGCAAUGCCAGUGUUGGCUUAUACUCUCAGUGCACAUUCCAUAGUCACUAAUCAAAGGUCCUGGAGAGAAGAGGUACUCAAGAACGAACAGCUGGUGGUGUUUCUACAACUGCUACACAUGUUGGUGUGUCUGUCAGCGAUCUCAUUGCACCGCUACCAUCUGUUUGUGUGGUCUGUCUUCUCUCCCAGACUGUUGUACCUUGUAGCACAUUCAUUUGUAUACCUGUCGCUAGUCAGUAUUACCAAUAUUUGUAUUUUCAUUAAACUUUUUAACAAAUAA